AAGUUUGUCUAGCUUCUUAGUGCGUUAAUUUCUCUGAGUCACACGACGCCGCCGGAACUCACUUUUAUUCUCGGUCAUUUCGUGCUCACGCUCAGUUUCUAGGAGCGUUUCUGUGGUGCAGGUUUUUACCAUGGCCGACGACCGUGAGUUUCUUCGGAACGUUGAUGCAACUUUUCCUGCUACCGUCCAUCCCGAUCCCGAAUGGACGACCAGGACCAUUACCAAUCGUGAUUUCCAUCCGAUUCCAGCCGCAGAGGCGGCAGACCGCGACCGGUUACAUGGGGAAUUCUACGAGACGCUAGACCUGUUCCGCCGGCGCGCGCGCGCGGGGCAAAGGGGGCCGCAGGACCAGCGGACGAGGAACCGGGACACUGAAAACCGCGCUCCAGAAUUGACACCGGAGCUUCGUGAGGAUGAAGGUAUUCUUCCAGGAGGUCGCGGUCGCCGAGAGACUGCGGAAGAUUACUACCAUCUGCUACGGCGGCAGAGACAUGGAAUUGACCCGGUCGUGCGGAACCGGACCGAGGGGACUCCCGCUGUCCCGCGUGAUGUAACAAGAGAUAUUGACUUCAAUCCUCGCUUCGGACCGCCGCAACGACGACCGGCGGUUGUAUUGCAACCGGCCUUGCGUCGAGAGGGCGAGGACCCCGUUGGUCUGCGCAACAUUGACCGUGGGCACAGGAGACGUUCCCAACAAAUCCCCCGACGAGAUGUUGAUCAUCUCACGGUGCAACAGUUGCAAUUACUCGAACCUCCAGCGCGGCAAAAUUUGCGUGUAGCUUCGGAGUUGGACCUCGCGUUGGAGCGGCGCCGGGUGGAAGAAGCGUGUCAGGUCGUACGAGGACAAGUUUUCGGACAAAGAUGCACCCGACGGGCGCGAGGGACGCAAGCAGCAGGUGCUGCAGCAGGACCAAACAAUCAAAAUAAUUCGCAACUUUUAUCCCGUCCGGCGCGCCCUGCCCGUCGCAGCGCGCUGCGGCUUGCUGCGAGCGUCGCGGCGAUGUUUAGUACUGCAGAACCGGUGGAAUCGAUGCUGUUUCGGCAAGAUCCGGGAACCAAGGAGUGUUUUUUCGUGGAGUCCAUGAACGGAGGACGGGAAUUCCAGAUUGAUUACGAGGUGAACGCGCCGAAUGACAACCUUCCGGAAAUCCGGUUUUACGUGCAGAAGAAGGAGGAUUACGACAAAUUUUCGCCCUCGGCGAUCCAAAUGUCGACGGAGGUGGCCUGGAAAACCGAGCUGAACGCUUUUAUCGGCGAGUAUAGUUAGAAUUAUGUUCGUCAACAUUGUGUAUAGUACUUAGCAUCCUCGAAUAUCAUUGCCCAGAACCAGUACCACCAACCUGCGGGGGAAUCGAUUUGCAUGACAAGGAGCAGGUAAGUGCUACUGUAGGACGAGAAGGCUUAUGAAAAUCAUGAAUGCGACUGUAUCAGAACCUACGCCGUCUGCUUUGAGAGUCUGAAAGCGUCGGGGGAACAGUUCGUAUCCGUCGACAUCACCGAAGGCGACGUGUAUUCGGACCUUCCCGCCGCCGCGACGCGGGCACAGAAAACCGCCAUGCUGACGGCGGAGCUCGCGCUGAAGGUGGAGCACGUGCGCGCGCAGCAGGACUUUGCUCUCACCCGGGAGGGAUUCCAGCGGAAGAUUGUCGCGGAUCUCAACUCCCACUGUCUCUGGUGGACCGCGGUGGAAGCGCUGUGCACCGUCGGGUUUGCCAUCAUGCAAACGAAAGUGCUAAAAGGCUUCUUCGAAACCAAGGCGUACGUGUAAUUAUGAGCGCUCCAGAAAUUAUUUGAUUUAUUGGAAUCGGACCGCUUGCGAAUGUGUUUUGCCUGCUGAACCUUGUCCCAACAACUAGAAGUAGUCGAGAAUACAGAAUCAGGAGCACAAGAAACGUCAACUUGUUUUGCGGGCAACGGCAAAGUUUGCUGCAGGGCAGACCAGCAUUCGCCGUCGAAGGUGUUGUAGAAAGGGGGCAACGGAUGACUAUUUGAGUCUUUAGCUUCUUCAUUUGAAGUUGAGCAACUGUCCGAAUCAGGACCGCUCUCCUUGGGUUCAGGAGCACGGCUCGCGCUCAGUUGUUUUCGGGCGAGUGCGAGUGAGGUCGCGUCUACUGUUUUCUACAUAUUCGUGGAUCCGUCUCCUUUUGCUUUCUUGUCGUGCGCAGGCAAAAUCCAAUCUUGUUGACUUCUUAAUCCAGCGUUGGCACUUACGCCUGCAAAUAACAAUGAUAACGGAAGAUGAUUCUUCCCCUGCCGACCUGCUUGAACUCGCACAGAACGCGGCGGCGCUGUUUGCGCGGUGUGGGCGCGAUUCCCUGUGCGCGGCCACGCGCGUUGUGGUCGAGCGAUUGCAGUUGGUCGCGUCAACAUCCAUCGGGACGGUGACUGACUCUUUGCAGAAAAA